AUGAUGUUUUUGCUUAUGAUUGAUUUUCUAUUAGUACCUGUUGUUUGGAGUGAAUUUCAGAAUUAUAAAUGUUUUAGAGAGAAUAUUACUUCAUAGUAUGAUUGUGAACGUUACUAUGAGGGCCAAAGUUAUUGGAAUUCGACAGGUUGUUAUAAAAAUGAAACUGUAAUUGAUCCAGAAACAAGUGAGACAGACAAUGAUCCAACAUAUUGUAAUUAAAUUUAGAGUAGCUAAUGUUCUGAAAAUAUUAAUUGUGCCUUAAUUAAUGAUAUAUGUUGGCAUUUUACAGGUUGUAGUGCAUUUUUGAAAGAAAAAGAUGAAGAAUGUUAAUAUAUAUCUAGGAGAUGUAUAUCAAAUGGAAUUUAAUGUGUAGAGAUAAGAUUAUGUGAUGAAUACUUGACAUAAAAGUCUUGUUAAUAUGAUGAAAAUGGUGACUUUUGUUAUUGGGAUUCUUAAGGUUCAAAAUGCUUAAUUGCUUUUACUUGUGAGUAGUUUCCAAAAUCGUUAAAAAUUGAUUCGUAAUGUAGGGAUGAGUUAAAUACAUGUACAGUAGCUUAAUUUGGGGAAGGAUGUGUAGAAAGUGGUUUGAAAUGUUCUGAUCAAUUAUUCUAGAAUUAAUGUUUUUGGAAUCAUGAUUAAACAUAGCAAUGUUUUUGGAAUGGAACUAGUUGUGUAGAUAAAAUUUGUUAGAAUGCUCUUAAUACUCUUAAAACAGAUGAGGAAUGUAAAAAUUAUCUAAAGAUAUGUACAACAAAAUAAUAUGGAGGGUGUGUAGAGAGAACUACUUGUGAAGCAAUUUUAAUCAGGGAAGCAUGUAAGAAUAAUUAGAAAGGAGGGAUAUGUUAUUGGGACGGUACAAAAUGUUUGGACAAAAUUUGUAAAAAUGCUUCUUCAACAUAUAAGACAAAUCUAGAAUGCGAAUAAUAUAUUAAAAAUUGUAUUACAAAUGGAUAAGGUUGUGGAGAUAAUUAAGGGUGUAAUUCAGCAAAAAUAGAGGAUGCUUGUGAGAAAGAUAUAAAUAAUAAUAAAUGUAUUUGGAGAAAUAAUAUAUGUUAAAGAGCUUAAUGUGACUUAGCUUAGAAUAGUUUAAUAAGUAAUUUAGAUUGUUCAAAGUUUUUGUAAGGAUGUGUUACUAAGAAAGGAGGAGGAUGUAGAAAAAUAAGUAAAUGUUAAGAUUACAAUAUUGAGGAGGCAUGCUUAAUAGAUUCAGAUGGAAAUGAAUGUUUUUGGAAUGAUUAAGAAAUAUGUUUAAAUAAAACAUGUGAAAAUGCACCUAAAACACUUUAAUCUCAUGAUGAAUGUUAACACUAUAGCGAGGAUUGUACAAUAGAUCCAGAUACAAAUUUUGGAUGCAUUAAUAUGAUAUGUGAAAAUAUAAGAGAUUAAUAAUUAUGUGUAGAGGAUUUAGAUGGAAAUAAAUGUUUAUAUUAAGAGAAAUGUUCAAGUAAAGAAUGUACGUUAGGAAAAUUAACAAGUGCAAUAGAAUGCAAUAAUUUUUUGAGUAAAUGUACUUUGAAUGAUGAAGGUAAUGGAUGCACAUUACUUCCACCAACAUGUCAAGGGAAUAGUAAGAAAAAUAAUUGUUAUUUUCGAGUAGGUGGAGAAUGUGGAUGGGAUAGGCAGAUUAAUAUAUGUGUAGAUAAAUAAUGUUAUACAGCAGAUAUUAAUUAUAAUAGUAAUGAAUUAUGUGGAUAAUAUCUUAAAGGAUGUGUAAUUAGUAAUACAGUAGGUUGUAUGGAUUUACCAAAAUUAUGUAAAGAUAGAAAACGAAUAGAGAAUUGUCAUUUUGAUGAUGAAGAUGAUGAUUGUGUAUGGGGAUUAGAUUAAUGUCAAUCAAGAUCAUGUUAAACAGCUCAAUUCGAAUUAGAUUAAAAAAAUAUGUCAGAAUGCAAUUCAUAUAUAGAAUGUUCUUAAGAUGUUACCAAAUGUUGUAUUUUAAAUAAUGAUAAUAAUAAUUGUUAAAAUAAAAGUAUAUGUGAAGUUUUGACAUAAUCUAAUUGUAUAAAAGAUGCAGCAUAAGAAGGUGCUUGUAUUUGGAAUGGAGCUUAAUGCAUUAAUGCUGAUAUUUUAGAAUAUACUGAUUAUAUUGGAUAUAACCAUUAAUAAUGCUAUGAACUUAAGAAUACAUGUACUGUCAAUGAAACUGGAAAUGGUUGUAUAUAAUUAAAAGAAUGUGAAGAUUAUGUUAACUCCUCUUAAUGUAUUUUAAAUUUAAGACAUUAAUUUUGCAAAUGGAAUUCUGUUUCUAGAACUUGCUCAUCAUAUUCAUGUGCUAAUGCGGCAGAUUCUUAUGAAUAUGCAACUGAUGAGUAAUGUAGAACAUUUUAGAGUGAUUGCACUGUUCAUCCUAAUAUUGGAGGAUGUGUUGAAAAAUUUGAUACUUGUGAAUAAUAUCUAAAAAAAGAAUCUUGUUUCAAAACUAUCUCAUCUACUAAAAUUAAUUGUAUUUGGUAUAAUAAUUAAUGUAAAACCAUUAACGUUUGUGAUGAUAUCAAAUUUCUUACUACUUAUUCUACUUCUAAUUGUGAAUCUAUUCUCUUUGAAUGCAAAGUCAAUUUAACAAAUAAUGGAUGCAUUCUAAAAACUUGUACUGAUUAUUCUUAUUCUACUCUUGAUAAAUGUCAAAGUAUUGGUUAAUGUUCAAUUAACAAAAUGAAAAAUUAAUGCAUCCCCUUUAAAAAUUACUGUUAUGAAUACAAUAAUAAAGAUGAUUGCUAUUUCUCUUUCAAUGAAGGAUUAUGUAUUUCUUAUAAAGAUUACUGUGUUAUAAAAAAUUACCCUUGCAAUUUCAUGUCUGGAGAUGAAAUCACAUGUCCUUAAUUUAGAGAAGCAUGUUUUUUCUAUAUAUUCGCUGGUAAUUGUAAAAGAAAGCUUUGUUAAUCUCAAGUGGCCCCUAAAACAACCUUAACUGAUUGUUAAGAUUUUGAUAUCGGUUGCACUUCAUAAAUUGAAUUAGAAGAAUGUACUGAUAUUAUGGCUACUUGUUAAGAUUACCACAGUCUUAAUCUCUGCCAUUUUCCAAAAACGGUUAUUGUAUACUGAUGCAAUUUUUCCAUUAUACUCUUCUAACUAAUAAUGCAAAUCUAUUUAAUAUGUAGAUUGUAUUUUAAGUAAUACAGGUAAGGGAUGCUAAGACAAUUAACAAUAGUGUGAAUCCUUUUACUCGUAAUUAUCAUGCAUUGUUGAUAUAAAAGGGUAACCAUGCCAAUGGAAUAAUAAUUAAUGUUUGACAAAAACAUGUACUUCUGCUCCCAUUUCUCUAACAACCUUAGAAUAAUGUUUAUCCUACUAUACCAAAGUUAAGUGCACAACUAAAACGGGAGGUGGUUGUACUUUUCAAUUAGAUUUAUGCGAAAAUUAUACUGAUUAAGGCUCGUGCAUUAUCACUAAAAAAGGUGUAAAAUGUGGAUAUGAUGAAAAAAAUAAAAAAUGUUUAAUAAAGAGUUGUUAAACAGCACCAUUGUCUUAUAAAUCGCACUAUUAAUGUUAUAGUUAUUUGGAUACGUGUACGGUAGAAGCUAAUGGAAGCGGUUGUUAAAUCAUCCCAAAAACCUGUUAAGAAAUGACUAUGAUACAAUGUGAAGUUAAUUAUUGUUAUUACGAUUAAGAUAAAAAUAUGUGUAUUAAUAAAACUUGUUAAAACAAACCAGAUAUUAUAACAGAUUGUGCAUUGUAUUUUGAUGAAUGUUUUUUAGAUACUAUAAAAUGUAGGAAGGCCAUCUGUGAAUAUUAUUUCUAUGCAACAGAUAAAGAAUGCAAAAAUGUAAUGUCUAAUUGUACUAGUAAUGGGAAUUAAUGUAUUCCUAGAAAGUAAUGCAAUUAAUCUGUAAAUGAAGCAAGUUGUGUUUCUUAACCAGAUGGACAAUUAUGUUAGUGGACUAGCAGUAAUUAAUGCUAAAUAAGACAAUGUAAUAUAGCUCCUAGAAGUUUAAUUACUCAUUCAUAAUGUUAAUAAUAUCUCAAUAAAUGCACAACUCAAAAAAAUGGAGGAUGCACUAAUUUAAUGUCAUGUAUAGAAUAUAGUUUUUAAGAGUAAUGUAUGAUUGAUGUUUCCAAACAGCCAUGUAUUUGGGAUGGAAGCGUAAAUUUGUGCAGAAAUUAAUAAUGUAGAGAUUUUAAUGGAUCGAAUCAUAAUUCAUGUCAAAAAAUAUCAUUAGAAUGUACAGCAGAUUUUUAAAGAAGAGGUUAUUGCAUGGAUUUAUUAGAUUGUUCAAUGUAUACCUAAAAAUUACGUUGCAUAAUUGGAAACGAUGGAAGUUGUUUAUGGAUUAAUGAAUAAUGUUAUUAAUAUUCAUAAUGUGAAGACAUUCAAUUUAAAACCCAUNUAUCAGUUUAAAAACUUACUAUAUAUUUGAUUCCAUUUUUAUUAUUAAUUUGA